UCUCUAUACGCAUCAUCAAUCUCGAAGCAAGUUUCGGUUUUUAGGCCAAUCUCUGACUGAAUCUGCGUGACAAAAAGCAAGAAAUUACAUAUCUCUCUCUCUCCGACUUCGAAUAUCAAAAUCCAUGGCGUCACAGGUAAGGUCAGUAAAAGUUGGCAAUCUCUCUUCAGGAGCAACUGAGCAUGAUAUAAAAGAGUUUUUCUCUUUCUCUGGUGAAGUUGAAAGCAUCGACAUCCAAAGUAACGAGCAUAGUGCUUAUGUCACAUUUAAAGAAACUCAAGGAGCAGAGACUGCUGUGCUCUUAUCAGGAGCAAGUAUUGCCGACCAAUCAGUCAUCAUUGAAAUGGCUCCCAACUACAGUCCACCAGCAGCCCCUCAUGCUGAAACACAGAGCAGCGGUGCAGAAUCUGUUGUCCAGAAGGCAGAAGAUGUUGUGAGCAGCAUGUUAGCUAAGGGUUUCAUUCUUGGAAAAGAUGCGGUUGGCAAAGCAAAAGCUUUUGAUGAGAAACAUGGUUUCACUUCAACUGCAACCGCUGGAGUUGCUUCACUAGACCAAAAAAUCGGUCUUAGCCAGAAACUUACAGCUGGAACAAGCUUGGUCAACGAAAAAAUCAAGGCGGUGGACCAAAACUUCCAGGUAACAGAGAGGACCAAGUCUGUGUAUGCAGCUGCGGAACAGACUGUGAGCAGUGCAGGAAGCGCUGUGAUGAAGAACCGUUACGUGUUAACUGGUGUCAGUUGGGCCGCAGGAGCAUUCAACAGAGUGGCUCAAGCAGCUGGAGAGGUUGGACAGAAAACAAAAGAGAAGGUUGAAGCUGAGCAACCGCCACAACCAGCACAGUCACAGCAGCAACUGCCAGAAGGGUAUUCUCCGAUUCAUUCAUCUGAAUACUCGAAGAACUAAAAUCAUCAAGUUAGAACGGUUUCGUUUGUUUCUCCUUGUUGGUUUCUUUGACAUGGAAGUUGGAAAUUUCGUUUGGUCUUUGGGAUGUAACAUAUAAGCUAUGCCUGGAUUUUCC